CCCCUCUCUCUUUGCAGGACAAGCUCAGGGGGAGCAAGCCCCGGUUGGGGCCACCCCUUCCAUCUCCCAGAUGUGGAGAUUCCCCAGCUUGGAAAAAAGAUGUCCCCAGCCCAUGUCCUCUGCCUGCCUCUGGGACCUGGAGACACACACCCUUCCAGAAAGCCCAGGAGGAGGAGGAAGAGGAGGAAGAUAAAUAUGAGCUGCCCCCCUGUGAGGCUCUACCCCUCAGUCUUGUCCCUGCCCACCUUCCUGGCACCGAGGAGGACUCUUUGUACUUGGGUAGGGGUUGGGAAGAUCACCCUGGCCCCCCGGGCCCAUGCAAGUCACCGCCACCGCCACCGCGACCGCAGCCCCAGCCCACAACGCUGAAGGCAAUACUGAGCCUGCAGGAGGCUAGGAAGCAGGGACAACCCUUUGGGAAGCAAGAGUUGGCUACACCGGCCAGAAUGGUGCCAAGCCCUCCAAAGAAAUCUGAUGAGAACCUCUACCUGGAAUGUGAGCCCAGUCCAGUCCUGGCCUUGACUCGAACUCUGAGCUCUCAAGUCCUGAUGCCCCCAGACCCUCUUCCAAGGACAUCAGUGGUGCCCAGGUCCACCGUAGCCCCCCAGGAAGCUUGGAAUGGAGCAGCGAACGACACUUCUAAAGGGUCUGCACCAAAGCAGGAAGCUCCUAGCCUGUACCUCAAGAUCAUCCCUCAUUUGGAGGUCACUCGUGGCCUAGCUGCAGGAAGGAGAUCCUCUCUUUCCUGCAUAGCACCCACUCGGAGCACCUCAGCCACUGAGGACAGCAGCCUUCUGGGUCAGCCUUGGUACUCAGGGAACUGUGACCGCCAUGCUGUUGAGAGUGCCCUGCUCCAAUUCCGAAAGGAUGGGGCCUACACUGUGCGCCCCAGCUCAGAGCCUCAUGGCUCACAGCCCCUUACCCUGGCAGUGCUUCUCCAUGGCCGGGUCUUCAACAUUCCCAUCCGGCGGCUGGAUGGUGGGAGCCACUAUGCCCUGGGCCGGGAGGGCAGGAACCACGAGGAGCUGUUCUCCUCCGUGGCUGCCAUGGUCCGGCACUACACAGAGCACCCGCUGCCCCUUGUGGACAGACACAGCGGUAGCCGUCAGCUCACCUGCCUGCUCUUCCCCACCAAGCCCUGACGCCAUGGCGGACUGUACACAGCCACCUCUGGCCCCCUGUAGUUUGCUCCUUGCCGGGGCCAUCCUGGGCUGUCUCGCUCUUGCCUCCCCCAAGUCUCCACCCUUCCAGACCCUCCCUACCCCCUUGCCCCAGUCCCUGCAGGCCUGGAUGAGAGGCUUUGGAAAAGGUUGCCUAGAGGCAGCAAGAGCCCCUGAGACCCCACCCCAUGUUCACCUGGAGCCUGGCACUGCCCUGCCCUGCUGCAUCUCCAAGGAUUGGAAGCAGGCAUCACGCAGCGUCCCCAUUCCCAGUCCCCAGGCAUGGCUGUGUCUGCACUGUUUACUAGAGCCUCCCAAGCUGCUUUGGAUGAAAGCCUCCCCGGGGAAGCUGAGCCUCAGGGAAACAGCCCGGGGUACUGCUUGGACACAAAGAGAAUCCUUUCACAUUCUUUCGGGGACUUAACACAGGGCUGGCAUCUUUGCUUACACUGUACAUGGUCCGCUUUCAAUAAAUAUUUGUUGAAUGAA